AUGUCUGCCACUAUCAAUCCGCAGAAACUCGACGGAGAGCCUAUGACACUUCUCCGUCUACCGCAAGAGCUUUUAGACAUGAUCAUUGAGGCCACCUUCAAAGACACGACCGUUACUCUCAACAGGGACAAUCUGCGCCCUCGCUCCCCAGACGACCUCGUCUCAGAGCGGAAUGCUGGCCUUCUCCUUACAUGCAAGACUCUUUACAAGCAUGCCAAAGAACCAUACUACAAGCUUUCCAAAUUCGAAGCACUCGCAGCUACCGAUCUCCGCCACUGGCUUGCGACUCUGAAGCGGAAUGGUGUUGCAGAGCGUAGCCUCAUCACAAGUCUUGACUGUUCCUUCUCUUCGGCCUUGGAAGCGCAUUUCGAUGGGUGGCCUUUCUGUAUUAGGUUCCACCAGAUCAAAGACCACAGCAAGCUUAUGUGCCUCCUGAUGGAGACGCAGGAUUAUUUGGACAAGCUUACCCAGCGUUUGAUGGCGGAAGACUACGAUGUUGGCUUGGAUGCUUUGCGAGGCAGUGCUGAGUAUCUGGGCUAUGGGAUACGGGAUGUGAUUCCGACGCAGAUGUCGAUAACGUGGUAG